AUGAUACUCAAACAUAUCAUCAAUUAAAUAAAAUAUUUACUAGAACGAACGGUAAGCUUUAAAUCUUGGAUAUUUUAGUCAUAAAAUUUAUAAAAAUUAUAAAACAAAAAAACUAAUAAAUAAAAAAUGAAUAAGCUACUUAUCUCUGCUUUAAUUUGCUUAAUGAUUGCUACUCCUAGUGUGUUUUGCUAGGAUGUUGAAAAUAACAUUUCUGAAGACAUUAAAGUCUAAGACUUAUUAGCAUACAAUAAAUGGAGAUUCAACUAUAAGAGAGUCUAUCUUAAUGAAGAAGAGCAGAUCUACAGAUAGAUUGUUUUCUUUGAAAAUCUUGCUAGUGUUAACAAACACCCUUCUCAUAAAUCCUACAGUAAGGGUUUGAACCAGUUCUCUGAUAUGACUAAAGAAGAAUUCAAACAAAGAGUUUUGAAUAAGAAGAUUUCUAAAAAGGCUAGCAGUAAUAAGGGUGGUAGAAAUUUAGCUGCUGAUCCAGCUGUUUCCAACUUAGUCUUUCCCACCAAUAAUCUUCCUCUAUCUGUUGAUUGGAGAAAAAGAGGUGUCCUCAAUCCUGUAAAAAAUUAAGGUACUUGUGGUUCAUGCUGGACUUUUGCAACUGCUGGCAUCCUUGAGUCAUUCAACUAAAUUAAAAAUAAAUAGCUUCUUAAGUUCUCUGAGCAACAACUUGUUGAUUGUGUCAGCCUAGCUGGAUAUGAUUCUGAUGGUUGUGAUGGUGGUUUUUAAGAAGAUGGUGUUAGAUAUGCAAUUGAGUAUGGUAUUGUUUAAUCUUACAAAUACCCUUAUGUUGGAUAUCAAGGUAGAUGCAAAGUCACAUCUCCCACUUCUCGUUCUGUAGGUUUUUACCCUUAAAAGUUCCAACUUGUCAAUAAAACUGAAGCUGACUUGAAAGCUGCUUUAGUUUUCUCCCCUGUUUCAAUCUCCGUCAAUGCUGAUACCUGGAAAGAAUACUAUGGUGGUGUUUUUGAUGAAUGUGGAUAUACUACCGAAGAAGAUCUCAAUCAUGCUGUCAUCGCUGUAGGUUAUGACCAAGAAGGUAACUGGAUUGUUAGAAACAGUUGGUCUGCAGCUUGGGGUGAAGAUGGUUACAUAAGAUUAGCUCCUGGUAACACUUGUGGUAUUUUGCUUGAUGGAUUAAUAGUUACUUAAUGA